AUGUACACUGGUGGUCACGCUCAGAUGUCUUCCAACAACUACUCUUCUCAGCCCGCCAACGGCCUUCCCAUGGCCCCUGCUGGCCUCUCCUCGCGCCGUGGCAGUCAAAAUAUCAAACCUCUCUCUUUUGAUGCAGUCAGCCACCACACUCCUCAUGACAAUGGCGCCCCAACUCCCCGAACCAGCAGAUCUCAUCUUCUUGCUGGUCUACGCACUGCCCCCAAGUCUGCCACUGCCACUUCUUUUGGACCUGCCUCGCCCACCGCGCAGCAAUUUACUAGAAACAGCAUGACUGCCAAUCUGCACGGCUACGCCCACGACAACUAUUACAACGCUCCCAAGACGGCCUAUCCUCAGUAUGCCUCGCAGCAUCAGCAGCAGCAUCAACAGCAGCAGCAGCAACCCGCCUACCAGUCCGCCAUGAACCAGCAGUACACUGUCGAGCAGGUACUGGCCCCUCCCGAACUGUCCAUGGAGGAGCAAGUUCAGGAUCCAAACCUGUACGCUCAGCUGGUCGCCACCAACAUGUAUCUCGCCCAGCGCCAGCAGCUUCUGCAACAGCAGCUUAGAAACGUGCAGGCUGCCGCCGCUCAACAUGCUGCUCAGCACCAGUUUCAGAACCUCAGCAUCAACAGCCCUCAGCAGCACUUGCCUUCAUUUGAGCAACAACAGCAACUCCAGCAGCAGCAGCUCCAGGCUGCCGUGACCCAUGGUCAGCAAAUCUACUUCAACCAUGCCACCGGCCAGUACUUUGUCGAUACCAGCGCCGCUGCCCAGUCGCCCAUGCACUAUCGUGAUAGCAGUACCUCGUCCUUCAACAGUCUCCAGCAGCUUCAGCUUCAGCUCCAGCAACACCAGCAGCAGCAGAGCCUUCCUCGUGUUCAGGUCUCUCCUCCGCCGGAGAUUCAGCGCAACUCUCUCCGCAGCGUCUCCCCGCCCAAGCGAUUCGACUCGCCUUCGGAUACGGUUCCUCUGCCGCCUCCCUCCGCCAAUGCCUUCCGUCGCGGUCAUAAGAAGGCCUCGUCGCUGGCUCCUGUCAACAGUAUUCUCGCCUCUGCUCUCGCCUCUGAUGGCCCCAAGUCCGCCGGCCCCAAGACUGCCUCUUUUCCCAUCACUCCCUUGACUGGUGGAUACGGUCCGGGCCAGGCUCGCGCUGGCGAGCAUCCUGUUCGACAGCCCCGCGGCCCUCCCUCUCUCGACGAGCUCAAGGCUAGACCCACUGCCAAACAUGAGGGCUCAAAGAACUUCGCUACUCGUACACGGCGCUCUGCUGUUCACAACCUGGUUCGCGCUGGAAUGUCGCGUCGCAAGGGCACUGGUAGCUCCUCUGGCAGUAUGAGCCCCGUUUCCGAGACGGCCGAGGAUUCUAAUUCUCCCAUCACUGACAAUGACUCGGACUCCGGCCGUAGCGGCUCUGGCAGUCUCGCCGGUGAGGAGGAGUGCACCAGCUCCAGGACCUCCGCUAGCGGUGGCUGGGGAGCUAUUGGCUCUGAUCGCCCGGGCUCUCGUCAGAUGACUCGCAAGGGCGACAGCUCCGACGCCACUGGCAGCUUUGCCAACGUCUUCAAGAAGGACCUCGAUGCUGUUGACCUGCAGCGCAAGGCUCCCAGAAUGGUGCUCACUAGCGUCGAGAAACGCAAGGCUACCCCUGUGGUCUAA